AUGUCGACCCCGCCACCGAAGAAGAAAAAAGGGGGCUUCUUUGGUUGUUUUUCGAAAAGCGCCCUCGAUUCGCUGCCUCGUAACGCGCGUGGCGAUGCCGCCGCCAUCAUUCGCCUUCAAGCCCAAGACGUCUUUCAGCAUAACGCCGUUGCUUCGGACUCGUCAGCCGCAACAGCGGCAGUCACUCCGCUCACUGAAGAAAAGGGUCUUUUAAAGCUUGCCGAGCUAAAAAACGCAGAUCCACAUCUCCCUUCACCAGCAUCGCCCAUCACACCACUGUAUGCACAGGAAGUGCUACAUGGUGAUAGCGACCAACCGACAGAUUUUGGGCAACAACACAACCAAGACAAAACAAACGAGAACGAGAACGAGAAUGAAGAAGCACGCGACAUUGUGCCUGAUGACGUCCCACUGUCGGGACCAGCACAAACCAACACGCCUGGCGCGAUCAGGAGUCUUAGCGUCACAAGCAAGACUGGCCGUAUCAGGCGCUCUCUCAGCCUCAAACGGAGCGGCAGCACCACUAGCGCUAAUCUGAUUGCACGUGCGCCACCGGUGAGCUCUGCCGAUUUUGCUGAUCUACCCGCUUUGUCGAGCUCUGCGUCUGAUCUGACAGAGAGAGGCGAUGUAACACAGGGGGAUAUGCUUUCGAUCCGGAAAGCGAGGGGACGACACGAGACGGGGAAUGAAAGCCUGUUCUUCGAUGCAAGCGAGGAUCUAGCUUUUGAUAAUGUCCCCAUACCACCUCCUUUGUUUCCCGUAUCGGUGCGGUCAGAAGAAGAUCCUAGCACACCACUCAAGAAGCGCACGUUGGCAUUGUCGAUGCCCGAAUCGCACAGGAUGCGAGCGGUGGAAGCGGCACUGGAAGGAUCCACCGAUUCCGUACGUUACCAGCCUGGUCCUAGGGCCAGCACUCCGAGGUUGGAAUCUCCUUCACCCAGUAAAACUGCGUAUACAGCCGAGCUCCAAGACCAGUGGCGCGAGAGAAGCCAAGACACUGUGACUGAGCUUGCUUCUGCAACCACGGCAUCUCGAGGAUUUUGGGAUGCAGUACCGGAACUUGAUAAAUCACUCGGGCCUGGACGGACAAUUCCGUUUCAGUAUGUGACAAACAUUGCACGACCUGUAUCGAUCGCCUCUCUUCGCUCGCUGGCUUGCCCCAACACUCCUCCACGAACGUCUUCACGACCCACCUCGCCCGAUGGAGCGUACCAUGGGCUGCGAUCGACCAAGAGCUUCUCUGUAUCUGCGCUCAAGAGGCAAGCGACUUUCAACGGCUUCCCACGGACAUUCUUCCCUCCCUCAACCCUCAAACACGUGCCAAGCACUGCCAGUCAGCAGCAACAGUCACGCAGAAAACCCGCUCCAGAAGUCACACCGUCGUUGAUCAUCCAGCACCGUGCCCGCCCUGAACAGCAUCUGCUUGACAAGGACGAUGUGAAAGAACAGGACGACGCGGAACGCCAACUUACCAGUCAUGCUGGUCAUGCUGGUCAUGCUGCAUCGCGUUCUCACACGUGUCCGAACUGCGGUGUGGUAGAGGAAACGCGCGAUUUUGCGGCUUUCGUCAGCAAAGGCAAAGCAUCUCGUCGAACGUCUGCAAAGCAGCAGACAAUCAACAAGGCUCCGCAGACCGCAGCGACCGGCUCACUGCGCAAAAGCAAGUCGGCAUUGCUCAAGCAAGACACGCUCGGUGAAAAUACGUUGAAAAGAUGGGGCCUAGCUGAGGCGUUCAAGUCAGCUCAGGCGCAAGAGCAAGAGCAACAGCUACAGCAGCAAGUGCAAGCACAAAAACCAACCAAGAAAAUGGUCCCCGGUCCAGCCGGCGGAUACAUCACCGAUACCGCUAACGUGCGAUGGUGCAGCGCUUUGGACGAGAUCAAGAAGGCCUUGGCUCUAGACGAGCCAGCUACCCAAGCUGAGCUCGACAAACAGAACGAGCAAGAGGCCAGCCUCCACAAAGAGACCUUGGCAGCGCUUGCGCAGGCGGACGCACUGCUCGCUCGACUCGGUGUUCAGACGUAG